ACGCAACAGUGUACUACAGACCGCCUCACAGAGGAAUAAUAAGGCGCUGUCUCUUUAAGAAGCCGAGCGCUCCCCCUACUGUUCAACAAGAGUUGUGUGUUUUUUCUCCCAUGCAAGUAUAGCCUUGCAUAAAUUAUGUUCAUGACGCUGUGCAAAAAAGAAAAGAAAAGGACGAUUUUAUAUUACAUUUGCAAGACUUUAAUCGCGGAAGCCUCUCUUUUCCAUGCUGUCGAAAGGUGUUUCGGAGUUAGGCGAAACCCCGAGGUGACGGAGAAAGGUGUCAUUAAAUAUUAAACAGAAGAGGCCGUGCUCCGGAUCGAGCUGCUUUAUCAAUGCAAAUGCCCCUUUGUGUUUUCCUGCCGCGAUGCAUGCAUCCCGUACGGGCUGUGAGAUGAAUUUAUAAUUAUCCGCUUCAACACUAAAAAAAAAAACAGUAGCAAAGCCUUGAUAAAUCCACGCAAAACAAGGUGGGAAAAAAUCACCCCAAAACUCUGACGCUAACGCAUGCAGGAGCAGUGACUCCAGGGAGGGAUCAUGGAAGCUGAGGAGCUGGCUGCUAACAAUGCCCCACUCACCAUCAAUGAGCAGGUGAUCGUGAUGUCAGGACAGGAGACCAUCAGAGUCCUGGAGCUGGAAAUGGCAAGCCCGCUGCCGGCCCUGGGGGCUGAUGGGAAGGGCGCGGACACCACGACGAGCGAGGGAGGCACGGCCAGUCCAGUUCUGGAGCCCAGUACAGGAGGGGAGGGGACCCCGGGACCAGGGGGGACCCCGACACAGGAAGGGGCGGGCACAGCGAUGGCAGCUCCAGUGGAGUUGCCCUCCCCCGUGGUUCAGACUGUGGCCAUGACCAGUGGCCUCAUGACCCCAGCCCAAGCAGCUCUUCCCGUCACUGUGCAGGCUGGCACACAGUUCCUGAGUCCGGACAGUCUGGCCGCGGUGAUGACAGGGAUGAUAGCCCCAGGUGGAGCGGCCACCCAGCCCUUCCUCAUCCCCCUCAGCAUGGCCGGACAGAUGGCCGGUCAGCAGAGCCUGGCUGUCUUCACCUUCCCCACUGCCACCAUGGCCACUCUGCCCGGCUUGACGGCCGUCACUCCAGCAGGGGGCGUCCUGAAACUGCCCUUCACCGGGCUGCAAGCUGCCACAGUGCUGAAUGCAGUCCCGCCUCAGUUCCACUCUGCCUCCCCGCAGACAGUCCUGCAGAGCAGCACCCCUACAGCAUCGCCGCAGAAACCAGCCGAGACGCAGGUCUCCGUGGCAACCGUGCAGACCACUGGCAUCUCCAUCAACCCAGCCGUAAUCAGCGCCGCUUCUCUGGGCGCCCAGCCCCAGUUCAUCAGCUCUCUCGCCACCACGCCCAUCUUCACCAGCGGCAUCGCGGGCAUUCCCGGCAUCACCAGCCAGAUCAUCACCAACGCACAGGGACAGGUGAUCGGGACGCUGCCCUUCAUCUUGAACCCGGCUGCCUCUCUCGGGGCCGCGGGGGGCUCUCCAGCGGCGCUCCCAGCUCAGAGCCUGCAGGUCCAGACCAUCUCCCCUCAGCUGCUCCUCAAUGCGCAGGGGCAGAUCAUCGCAACCAUCGGGGGCACCGCUCCGCAGCCAGCCCUGCUGCACAGCGUCGCUCAGACACAGCCCCCCGCCAAACCAGCAGUGCAGGGUCCUGCUGCGGUGACGGCAGUGUCAGUGUCUCAGGCUCCUAUCAUCAUCGCCCCCCAGCCCCCUCCCCUGAAGGCCGUGGCAGCCAUCUCCGCGGCCGAGACCCCCACAGUGAGCCAGCUCGUCAGCAGCAAGCCCCAGUGUCCGGCCCUGGACGACGACGGAAUUAACCUGGAGGAGAUCCGCGAGUUUGCCAAGAACUUCAAGAUCCGCCGGCUCUCCCUGGGACUGACGCAGACUCAGGUGGGGCAGGCGCUGACCGCCACGGAGGGGCCCGCCUACAGCCAGUCUGCCAUCUGCAGGUUUGAGAAGCUGGACAUCACUCCGAAGAGCGCUCAGAAGCUGAAGCCGGUUCUGGAGCGGUGGCUGGCCGAGGCUGAGCUGUGGAACCAGAAGGGGCAGCAGAACCUGAUGGAGUUCGUGGGGGGGGAGCCCUCGAAGAAACGCAAGCGCAGGACGAGCUUCACCCCCCAGGCCAUCGAGUCACUCAACACCUACUUCGAGAAGAACGCCCUCCCCACGGGCCAGGAGAUCACCGACAUCGCCAAGCAGCUCAACUACGACAGGGAGGUGGUGCGGGUGUGGUUCUGCAACCGCCGACAGACCCUGAAGAACACGAGCAAGCUGAACGCGUUCCAGAUAUAGCAGGGAGAGGGGCACAGACAGGGCUGGAGAGGACGCGUCAGAACAGCACAGCGAGGGCGUGGUGCAGCCGAGGGAAGCACGGUGAAGCCCAUUGCAAAAACUGUGGCAAACGCAGCAUACGGGAAACAGCAA